UUGUCGAAACGGUUGGGAUGGCUUUCUCGAGCUGUACCAUGGCUCACCCAGUAAUUUUAUAUCAGUACCUAGCGUUCUUUUGAAAAAUUCGGUUGGCCCGACUUCUUUUCAAACAACACUAUUUUAUACGCGUAUUGUACUGUCGUGCGCCGCACGUAAAAGUCGUCAGUGGCUUCGGUUUAGGAGGCUCUCCAGAGGUGGGCAAUUGAUCGCGCAGAGAGAGCUCUUAGUUGAAUGCUCAAUUAUGUACAAGAUGACAUUGGAGAUUUUGACCUCGUCACGGAUCGGGUAUGCGAAAUUAAGCAUAACAUCCGUCAGUUCUUAGCCACGAGCCUGCGAAUCGGUCUCGAUGCCGGCAAUGCGCUGUUUUUUUUUUAUAAUGUACAGAACAACAACGAUUUGCAGAAGACGAUAACUCAAGGCGAUCAAAUAUCCCGGGUCAUUGAAAUCUCCUUCCACUAG